AAAAGUACCUGAUGAAGGUGAAAUCUAUUUGCAUGGACAAAGGCUCGGCGGAUAACUCUGGCAACCCGUCGCAGUAGAUCGUGUGAAAGCGUGGAGUUUUCUGAGGCUUGGAGGAUCAUUUUACAGGUUUCAGUUUCCAUUCUGAUUUUGAUCCUCCCAUCUCUGGAAGAGAAUAUAAAAGCCAUGUUGGGACCAUCUCUGCGAUCAAACAGCUUCUACAAUAUUUUCUAUACUGACUCAAGAUGAGUAUGGAUCAGUUGAGAACAAAACUUGACCAGCUGGAAUGUCACUUCACCUGGGCUCUGAAAAAAGAUGAUAUUGAUCUUAAUAGGCUGAAUGAAAAGCUCAAAUUGGAUGUUGAGAAAAAAGAAGAGCUCACACAAACUUACAAUGCUUUAGCAUAUGUAAAGUUCCUUCAGGGGUUUCAAGAAGAGGCACUUAGCAAUCUCAUGACAUCAUUGAAGCUUUACAAAGGGUGCCAUGAAGAGGAAUUUAACAAGUCUCUCAUUGUCACCUAUGGAAACCUUGCCUGGAUAAACUACCACAUGACGAACUACACAGAUUGUGAAAGUUACCUGCAGAAAGUCCUGAAGAUAAAUGAAAACAUUUCAUCAGAGUCUUCGUCUGUUCCAGAGGUGCUUGGUGAGAAGGGAUGGACCUUUCGUAGAUUUUCUUACAAGUAUUAUGAAAAAUCCAAAGAAUGUUUCAAGAAGGCUUUAGAUCUGGAACCAGAAGUUGGUAAGUGGAACGCUGGUUAUGCCAUCGCUCUGUAUCGAACAGAAUAUGGGGAAUUCACUAUUGAGAAUUCACCAGUAAUCAAGCAACUGAGACGAGCCAUUGAAACAAAUCCUAAUGAUGAUAUUUAUAAGAUCUACUUAGCAAUGCGACUGGUUAUAUACAGGAGCUAUGAAGAGGCUGAAAGAUUGGUUGAAGAUGCUUUAGAAAGAUCUCCAGAUCACCCACGUGUCUUGAGAUAUGCUGGAAAAUUCUUUAGAAAUUAUAGAUCUGUGGACCGAGCUAUUGCUCUAUUGAGUAAAGCACUCGAACUGUCACCUCAUUCAGGUUUCACACAUCAUCAGUUAGCUCUCUGCUAUAAAAUGAAGAAAAUCCAACUGCUGCAGGAGGGAAAUCAUCACACCAGAUCAUCUAGGGUUCAACAGAUUCGUGAUCAGAUCAUCUACCAUUUAGAAAUGGCUACCACCCAUGCAACCGGCUUUAUCAAAGCUAUGAGUGAUCUAGCACUGCAUUACGGAGAACAACAUGAUGUUUCACGAGCCGAAGAGAUGUUUCAGAUGACGUUUGACACAGCCAAAGAGAAAAAUGAUAAUCUGCAUGUGGUUCAUUUUCAUUACGCUGAAUUCCAGUUGUACUGCAAAAGAGAUGAAGUUUUAGCUAUCAAGCACUACAUGGAAUGCCUGAAGAUGAACCCAGGUUCAUAUGAAGGGAAGAGAAGUGAAUACAAGUUGAAUAGGAUUGCAGAGAAGCACAUCAAUAAAAACACACAGGAUGGAAAGGCUUAUGGGAUACUAGGAUUCAUUCACAAAGAGAAAGGAGAGAAGAGCCAAGCCAUUGAGUGCUAUGAGAAAGCUUUGAGUUACGGAGAAAAUGAUGAGUACCUCAACAAUCUCUGUGCUCUUAGGCUGUCCAUAUAGUAAAGUUUUUACAUCCUUUAUGUAAGGAAUAAUUGACGAUGGGGCGUUCAAUAAUUGAAAGUUAAUGCACAUCUGAGGUAGUAAUGUGGCCACGAUGCGAAGCGGAGCGUGCAUUAACUUUUGAAUAAUUGAACUGACCGGAGUCAUUUAUUCUUUGUUUAUUGAAAUGAAACUGCACAUGUUUCCAUUAACAGUAAAGUUUUACAUUAUAAAUGUCAGAUCAAGAGCAGGGUGAUGUGUGAGGUGAUGCCCUAUAGGCUACGCAAUAUGACCUUUCUAUUGUUUAAAAUUGGCAAAGUGAUAUGGAACUGUAAUGCGGUCAACAGACCUGGAACACCUUCAUAGGUGAGCACUUUACUGAAAAUGAAUGCAUACACACAUAGAAUGUUUGACAACCAAUCAGAUUGAAGAAUUCAACAGCCAUGUGGUAUAAGUUUACAUAAUCAAUGCAUAAUAACAUAAUAAUUUAAUGCACUUUAUUUAUAAAAAAUGUGAACAGACAUCAUUAGUAUUUACUACAGAAAUAAUUGCAUUGUUAUGUCUCAGUUCUAUCAUGUAUUCAAGUUUUUGACUGAAAAAAGUAUUUAAACAUCAUACAUUUUAUUUUAAGGCACGUGUUAAAGAUAUUCAGGGCGCUUAAACAGUUAAUAACAGAAAUAAAAAAAUCGUGGACAGUAUAUAUUUUGUGUAUUUUCUAUCAAAAUAUUUAUUACUUAUGUUUGACAAACAGAUCAUUAGGUAAAUAGAUUAUAAAAAAUGAUAAGAGUUGUCUGGGGAUGAGUCUGUAUGUGAAGUAUGUAUGAUUUAUACACACCUGUUUAAAUGUAUGUGCUCUGAUGAACACAAAGAAAGACAUUUGGGAAAAUGUUAGACAUUACUUGGACAAUUUUGACUACCAUAGCAGGAAAAAAAGAUUAUA